AUGGUAUGUUUUUGUUUUCUGGUAGAUCAGAAGAGAGUAAUGAAAAAGACUAAACCGGUAGCUGGUUCCUGUUCCAGAUGUGGCUAUAGUGCAUACGUUGCUGAUAUGUGUACUCUUACCAGAUUUUGUAAUAUCCCUUUUUAUUGGAAAUCUUGGAAGGCUAUUGUCUGUUGUUCCUGUGGUGCCAUUCUCAAGUCUUAUACAUAA